AUUUCCUCCGUGCUCUUAUCUAGAAGCCAUAUGGUGUCUGAGGAGCCACGACACUUAGUCACAACCAAGAUGUGGCCUAAUGCGGUAAAGCAAAGGAUGCCUAGGGACACAGAUCUAAGGGCUGAUAAACCAACCGAGAGAACAGCCACAGUGCUGCCUGCUUCUGUCACAUCGACCACAGGGACCUAGGCAGCCAGCCUGAACUCUACCAAUGUGACAGCGGAGAUGACAACACACUGGACUAACAGGAGCGCUCCAACAACCAGAGAGGACACUACGGACAGUGUGACCUCCAGGACUCUUGUACCACCUUCAUCGUCAGGCCCCUCGUCUGUGAGGCAGACUCUACCUAUCACCACUGCUGGGCUUUCCUCUCUCAGCACACCACGUGCGGAAGUGCCAAGUACAAAAGCCAGGACAUCACCAAGAACAGCCACAGUGGCAGUAGUGGCCCCACACACCAUGACUGUUGCUACAGGCACCAUAAACACAAGCGGUCCUACAAGGACUCCAAGUCCUAUCCAAAGCACACCUGCUAACACAUCCACCAUGAACCCCACACCCACCUCAGGUGCCCCGACACAAGGUACCACCGUCCAGGUGACAACAGGACAGCCAGUGCCUAGCACAGGGAGAUCAACACCUAGUCCUUUAAAUACCACCCUGGAGCCCACCACCACCCGCCCUGUGACUUCAGUGUCCUCUACAGUAGUGACCACCACCCAGAUACAAACCAAGGAGCCAACUGCCAGUACAGUGCCAGUGCCUCCCACCAGCCUGACCCCUGAAGUAGAAGCCACAUCCCCCACCACACAGCCAAGCCCUGCAUUACCUACCCCAGGGACAGGUGGGCCAGGCACACCGUUGACAACAGAGCGGGUGGAGACCAAAGCCACAGCUGGUACUGCCUCUGCUGGGCCGACACCCAGGAGCUCCAGGGAUCCUAAGGUGCCAACCGAAGACUCAUGUCAUCUCACCAACCAAGGCCAGUGCCUAGUGGUCACCACUGAGCCCCAGACCCCAUCCUUGGUGAACAAAAUGUUACUUCUGGCGGUACUCGCUCUUGGGGUGACCCUGUUCAUUGCAGUCCUGGUGAUGUUUGCCCUGCAAGCCUGUGAGAGCUACAAGAAGAAGGACUACACGCAGGUGGACUACCUGAUCAAUGGCACGUAUGCUGACUCGGAGAUGUGAGGGCCCCAGGAGGCCGGCCUCUUCCAUGGCCUUCUGUUUUGCCUCAGACGAACCAAGUGCUUCCAGAUCCUUUCGGUGCAAUUUCAGAGCUGUGCCACAUAAGUAGACACACUUAAUUGAUGUCAGAUAAACCCCAUGAUCAGGAGAGAGCUGCCUUUUCAUAGUUAUU